GGUGCAUAUACCUAUACUAUAUAGGUAUACACGAUACAUUAUUUACGCCGUACGCAUGUGCACAUGUGUUCGCGGUGUUGCAUGCAUGUCAAGAUUCUGCGUAAAACUGCAUCAGCCACCACGUACUUAUUAUUUGUUUUGAUGCGAAAAACUGGCAAGCAGUCCGGUGUUUUUAACGAUGUAAAGUGUUAAAUUUCGAUAUAGAAUUGUGCAAAAUGCCAGUUAACUGCUGUAUUCCCAGAUGUAAAUCGAGUCGGGAAGUGCAUCUACCGGACUUUAAAAUCUCUUUUCACAAGUUGCCAUCAAGAAUUGAAGAUAAGCAACAAUGGGUUGAAAUAAUUAAGAAAAAAUGCAACUAUGAGGUUAAAAAAACCUCUUAUGUAUGCAGUUUGCACUUUCAGUCAGAUUGUUUUCAAUAUGGUGGGCUUUGUGUUAAUAGAAUGUUGAAAAAAGGGUCUGUCCCUUCAAUAUUUUUCUCUGAUGUUAAGAUCUCAAAUGAAAAAAAGAUUGAAAACAAGAAAAAACUGGAUGUAAAUAAUAUUAAUUUUAAUAAUAUGAUCUCAUCACCAGAAGAAAAACUACAAAGGGUGCCAACAGAAUUAAGCGUACAAAAUACUACUUCUAAUAAGAGGGUUGUUAAAUGCCAUUCUGAUAAAGGCACACAGACAGAAGAGUGCAAAGUGAAUUUACAUGAUAAACCUACUACUUUGAUAAAUAUGAGUAGGAAUAGUAGGAUGCAUCUCAUCAAUAUAGACCUGGCACAAGUUGAAUGCUCUGUACAAGUUAGAAACCUUCUUCACAGAGCAAAGAAAGAAAUCAUUGAUAGCAGGAGGAGAAUUAGAACUUUGCAGAUGAAUAAGUACAGAUUGUUGAAGAGAGUCAAUUCUUUUAAAUUGCUAUUGAAAAAUUCAAGGAGGCAAGCUUCUAUGACCACAGCUGCAUCAAGUGCUCUAGAUCAUUGUUACUCCUCAAAACGCAAAGAUUAAAUAUCAACCAUACGAGAAUGUGGGAAAAGGUAUAAAAAGUAUACCUGCGCUCGUUUUGCCGAUAUUAGCGGUAAAAAUCAACCAAUAAAAUCGAGGCUAACAAUUUUAUUUUCCAAUGGUAAUACUGUUGGAUAUAAUUUCAAGGAAAACCCCAUUAUGAGUCAUUAUAUUAUUUUGUUAAUCAUAUAUAUAUAUAUAUAUAUAUGUAAGUAUAUAUGAUGUUGUGAUAUGAUCUAUUUAGAAUGUAAAUUUAUAUUUCAAAUAAAAAGAUUGACGUUAA